CUCUCGCAUCCAGUUAGCCAAAGCCAAAGCAAAAAACACCAACAAAUAUACACAUCUCUCUCUUCCUAGCGGCUAAACCACAUCUCUCACUCUUAUAUAGAUUGCCAGUUAAAAAAGAACAAGGAAAGAUGAGUUCAACGAGCAGGGCAUGGCUAAUAGCAGCAAGCAUAGGAGUAGUGGAGGCAAUGAAAGAUCAAGGAUUGUGCAGAUGGAAUUAUGCCUUAAGAUCAUUUCAACACCAUGCCAAGACUAAUAUCAGAUCUUACUCUCAAGCUAUGAAGCUCUCUGAACCUUCUUCUUCUUCUUCUUCUUCUUCUUCGGCCUUAUUGUCUAAGAAGCCCAGAGAUGACAAGAUUAGAAAGUCUGAGGAGUCUCUUAGAACGGUCAUGUAUUUGAGUUGUUGGGGUCCAAAUUGAGUACUGCUUUCCCACUCUUCUUGUAAAAUUAAAUAGAAUUCCAUUUCUAAAAAAUUUCAUUUAUCAUCUA